ACAACUUUUAAUUAUAUAACCCUAAUACCAUAAGUAACUUCAGGUUAAAUAUUAAAUAUAUUUUCCUUAUGUACUUUAAGUACACAUUAGAUUUUAAGCUUUUUAUUAAAAAGAUUGAGGAUUUUUGCAGGUUCAAAUACUUUUACGCAAUACGCGAAGAAUAUCAGGACGGCACACCCCAUUACCACAUACUAGGUAAGUGGACUAAAAAAAGAAACUUCCGCAACCCUUACGCAUUUAACAUUAAAGGUUUCCAUCCUAAUAUCGGAAGCACCAGAAAUUGACUAGCUGCAUGAAAAUAUCUUUAUAAAAUUAAGGGCAGAUCCGUACAUAUUGG